CUAGUCCCUGUCUCUGAAACUUGUUUCUAAAACCCUAGUGAGCCAUUGCUGAAAGGGUUUUAGUUCAGGCAAAGAAAACAAAAACCCUGAAGCUGGUUCUUAAAAAUUUGAAGCAAGCAUCAAAAGCUGUUCAUAAUUGUUAAAAAUGGGUGCAGAAGAAGAUAAACAAAAGAGCAUACCAGUUCUGCCAUGGAUGCGAAGCCCAAUUGAUGUCAGUUCCUUUGACGAAUGCCCUCUUACUCUCCUUCCUUGCAUUGACCCCAGGCUGAAGGUGGCUUUGGAGAACUUGGAAAUCUCUUCACUUUUCCCAGUUCAGCUUGCAGUUUGGCAAGAGACUAUUGGCCCUGGAUCUUUUGAGCGUGAUUUAUGUAUUAAUUCUCCAACUGGAAGUGGGAAGACUUUAGCUUAUGCUUUGCCCAUUGUACAAAUGUUGUCAACUCGCUCUGUCAAAUGUCUACGCGCUCUGGUGGUGUUGCCUACUCGUGAUUUAGCCCUGCAGGUUAAAGAGGUUUUUUCUGCAAUUGCACCUGCUGUAGGAUUAUCCGUUGGUCUUGCAGUUGGUCAAUCUUCUAUAGCUGAUGAAAUUUCAGAACUUAUCAAUAGACCUAAGCUUCAGUUGGGUGUCUCUUUUGACCCAGAAGAUUUUUUGCCUGAGUUACAAAGCUCGGUGGAUAUAUUGGUGGCUACCCCUGGAAGGCUAAUGGACCAUAUCAAUAACACAAAAGGAUUUACGCUUGAGCAUCUCUGUUAUCUUGUUGUUGAUGAAACAGAUCGAUUGCUCAGGGAGGCAUACCAGUCUUGGCUACCCACUGUGCUUCAAAUCACUCGCGCUAAUGAUGAAAGUUUCCUUCCUUGUGCGCAAACUUUUCUACCGUCCCCAUUUUCCUUGAAAACCAUAAGGAGAUCUGGUCUUGAGAGGGGUUUUAAGGGUAAACCUUACCCCAGGCUUGUGAAAAUGGUUCUUUCUGCCACGCUAACCCAGGAUCCAAGCAAGCUUGCUCAGCUUGAUCUGCAUCAUCCUUUAUUCUUGACAACUGGUCAAAAGCGUUAUCAGCUUCCAGAAAAACUACAAUCCUAUAAACUGUUUUGCGAAUCAAAAUACAAACCACUGUAUUUGGUUGCGCUCUUACAAAGCUUAGGAGAAGAGAAGUGCAUCGUUUUCACAUCAUCUGUGGAGUCGACUCAUCGUCUAUGCACCUUAUUGAACUGUUUUGAUAAUUUGCCUUUCAAGAUCAAGGAGUAUUCAGGCCUUCAACGGCAAUCUGUACGAAGCAAGACACUGAAGGCAUUCCGGAAAGGAGAUAUUCAAGUACUUGUUUCAUCUGAUGCAAUGACUCGUGGAAUGGAUGUUGAAGGAGUGAGGAAUGUCGUAAAUUAUGAUAUGCCUGCAUACAUAAAGACAUAUAUACAUCGAGCAGGUCGGACAGCAAGAGCAGGCCAAACUGGUUGUUGCUUCACAUUGUUGCGUGAAGACGAGGUUAAGCGAUUUAACAAGCUGUUACGCAAAGCUGAGAAUAACUCUUGCUCUAAGUACUCCCUUCCUUCCAGUUGCAUUGAACCGCUCCACUCUGUCUAUGAAUCUGCACUGGAGAAAUUGAAGGAGACAGUUGAAAUGGAAACCUCCAGGAAGAGAAAAACUGGCUUCAAGUCUUCUUUGAGUGGCGAAAGGAAAUGAAACACAGCAGCCUCCAAAAGAAAAUGAUUAGUGAUGCAAGUUUUGUGGGCACUGCCUGAGAGUUCAAAUUUGUGGUUAAUGCAAAGCAAGUUCUAGGGGCUAAAAGUAAUGACGUGAGUUGGUGCAAACUGAAGGAAGUCCUGGAAUAUAAGAUGAGGGAUGCUUUGUAAACUUUAGUAUAUCCAAUAUACACAGAAUUUUACAUCCACCUUUUGUAUAUUCAGUACUCCUCUCUUCCCUUUUUUAUUUUUCCAAAUAAUAAUAAUUUCUUAGAAAUUUGUCCUCGUA